AUGCCCACCAACAGUCUUGAGACUGAGUCUAGAGGCGAGGACGUGUACCGCUGCCCGCGCUGCACGCGCCUCUACCGCUACAAGAGCUCCAUGCUGCGCCACUUCAACCUGGAGUGCGGCAAGGAGCCCCAGUUCAACUGCCCCUACUGCCCCGUCAAGCUCACCCAGAAGAGCUACGUGCGCGUUCACGUCAAGAGGAAGCACGCCCACCUGGAGGCAUCGGCGCUGACGAGCACUCGGAGGGCGCUGGCCCGCAAGCCUGAGGGGGGCGCGUCGCAGUGCUGGCUCGACGCGUGCACGGCCGCGGAGAGCUACGCGUGCACGGACUGCGGCAGGCGGUACCAGCACAGGCGGUCGCUGUGGCGCCACCGCAAGCUGGAGUGCGGGAAGGUCCCGCAGUACCAGUGCCCCCUCUGCCCGCGCCGCACCACGCGCAACAGUUCCCUCAAGAAGCAUGUCGAACUAUUUCUUGUGUUGCCUUGUCCAGUUGCCGUGGUGGGCUCACGAGACGUCGCUGCCAGGGCUUACCACUGCCUCAAGUGCGGCAGGUGCUUCCACUGGAAGAGCAACCUCAUGAGGCACAGGAACUCGGUGUGCGGCUCCAGCCUGUUUGACUGCCCCGUCUGCCGCUACUCCGCGAACCGCAAGGACAACCUUCUCAGGCACAUCAUCUUCAAGCACCCGGAAAUAGCUCCGCAGCCGAGAUAACUCUGACGAAUUACUGACAAUAAGUAAAUGUAAACGUGUGACUCGCCAAUAAAUUUUUAUUUCGAACUUUGAUGACUUUCGCACUUUAUUUUCUACAUCAGUUCUGGUAGAAGGUCUUGUGUGCAGCCCAAUCAAGAUCAAGUGAAAAUUAAUUUUCAUCAUGUACAAAAUCACGAGUGAAUGGAAUAUCUAUGUACCGAUCAGUUGAUGCAAUUACUGACUAUCAUCGAAAUCAUCCUGUUAUCA